UCUUGGAGAAAAAAAGAAGGAAGAAUCGUGCCGUUUUGCGCAAAACGGCAGCAGCUACCGGCGACCUUGGGUCCGGUACCGGGGGAACCACACAGAGUGAAGACGCGCUUGUCUCUUGUACCUUAUAGUUGGAUUCGUGUUGUCUGAACGUGUUUUAUUAUUAAUAUUCCGUCCACAGCAUCUCUGAUUCACAGACUCGAUCAUGACUGUUGUGAGGACUCUUGACGUCAGAGGGGAGAAUCAUCGGUGAGGUCCAAUAGGGGGAAUAUCAAGCGAGGCAGAGCUAUCGUCCUACCAACAGUAUUAGCCAUGCUAACCGACGAACACCUUGCCUUUCCACAGGACUUAACCCGCCAAAGAUGAGGGUUUUACUCUGCGUGAAACAAAAGGCAAUUUAGUUCUUCUUUUAUGUUGUUCUCCGUCUCUUUCUGGGCCCCCCAUCUCCUCUCGUAUGACAGGCACGGACUGCGCGCAAGCUCGGGGGAGAAAAAGGCAUUGCAGCUUCAUGGCACUGAGCUAUGAUUCACUCUCUUGCAGCAGCAAUGAGCAACCAACUUCAAAACACCUCUUCCCUCUCCACGGUGGGCACGUGGAAUCUCCUGGAUGUGCGGAACUCAUCACCGGUGCGAACGGCAGAGCUGAGGCCACUUCCCGUUAACCCGUGGGACAUUGCACUGUGCGUGACGGGCACGCUCAUCUCCUGCGAGAAUGCAAUCGUGAUCGCCAUCCUGUUCUACACGCCCACCUUGAGAGCCCCCAUGUUCAUUCUGAUAGGGAGCCUCGCAUUCGCGGACCUGCUCGCGGGACUCGGCCUCAUUCUCAACUUCGUCUUCAUCUAUAUGCUGAACACGGAGUUUGUGACUCUGAUCUCCGUCGGCUUGUUGAUCGCCGCCUUCUCCGCAUCUGUGCUCAACAUCCUGGCCAUCACGGUGGAUCGCUACUUGUCCCUCUAUAACGCUCUGACCUACCACACGGAGCGCAUGGUGACAUUCACCUAUGUCAUGGUGGUUCUCAUUUGGCUGGUGUGCAUCAUCCUGGGCCUACUGCCAGUGCUCGGCUGGAACUGCCUCCGAGACGAGGCCAGCUGCAGUAUCUGCCGGCCGGUCACCAAGAACAAUGCCGUGGUGCUCGCUGUGACGUUCUUGCUGGUGUUUGCCCUCAUGAUGCAGCUUUACCUACAGAUCUGUAAGAUUGCCUUCCGCCAUGCGCAGCAAAUCGCUGUCCAGCACCAGUUCAUGGCCAUUUCCACCACAAAAGGUGUAUCCACGCUCUCCAUCAUCCUCUGCACCUUUGCCGCAUGUUGGAUGCCCUUCGCCAUGUAUUCGAUUGUGGCAGACUCCAGCUACCCGAUGAUCUACACGUAUGCAACAGUGCUGCCGGUGACAUGCAACUCGGUCAUAAACCCAAUCAUAUACGCUUACAGAAAUCCGGACAUCCAGAAAUCCCUGUGGCUAGCCUGCUGCGGAUGCGUGCCGUCCAACUUCUCCUUGCGGCCAAGGACAUCGAGUGAUGUAUAGGUCGGACUCACAUAAUUCGUUUGUACUGUGUCAGUGUUAAUGAUAUGAUGUCCUCCCUUGGUGGGAUGCCAGUCAAACGUUGCUGGUUGUGCAGUAGGUGUUGCGAUCCAAGAGGUCAACCUGCAAUGUAUAAUUAUAUGUCUUUAAUGCAUUGUAGACCUUUAUGCACAACAUUUCAAAUUAUACCAUAUGUGAGACCGUUCAAAUUGAACAUGAUCAGAAUAAUCUGGAUAUUCUGAGAUACGUAGUACAGGCCCAGUGACACAAAUCAAUAUACUAUUUAUCUAAAAAAAUAAACACCAUUAACAGCGAAAAUGAUUACAAAACUGACCUGAUACGUGUAAAGAAAGCUGUAAACGGUAGACAGCUUUUGUGUACAUGUUCAUGCUAUAUGGAGUUCUUUCAGCACCACGGACAGCGGCAGGUACAAUGAAGCUAUUCCCUAUUCCCCGCCUCUAACACUUAAAUCUGUGUUCACUUAAAAAUGUAUGAAUGACAGAGAGAAAACAUGGUCCCGUGAGCGAAAAUUAUAUUGCUUCUGGCAUUUGUCGCUUUACAGCCAAUUUUAUCAAAUCACUUAUUUUAGAAACUGAAAUUAUGGUGCAAGGAAAAAAAAUGACCUCUUUUCAUUUUAAUGUGAUUAUUUGUUGCUACACAUCAUUGGCGGUGCAAUUUCAUAAAUUUAAAAAUCCCUGAGAAAAGCCAAUUUGUUUAGACAUGCUGAACUGGUUUAUUGUCUAACGUCCAUAAUGACAUUUGAAAUAUCUUCUGCCACGAAGUUGCAAGGCAAAUCAUAUUUUCACACAUUUUUGGUCUCGAAUCCAUUGAGCACAUGUCUUGGUGUUGGUGCGAAAUGGCAGGGUUAAUGAAGGUCUGAGCGCGAAAUGAGGUGUCAGCCACAACGCUUUAAUUUCGACAUCAGGCAACAUCUUUCAAGGCAAUUUUGCGUAAGGCCAACUGAGACAUGAACGCUUAAAUAAGACAAGUGCUUCUGGGUUUGUACAGAAAAAUGAUCCCGGUGAUUAUCAGAUAUAAUUGAGUGUGUAGAAUGUACAAUUAGUCCGUCAGAUCAGGGAUCAAUGUUAGGGGCAGGGUUGUGUGUAAAUAGAUCUGCAUGAAGGCCUAUUAAAAGAUCAGAUAACUAGGCCAAAAUGGGACAGAAGGGACUUCAGUUAAGAUUAAGCCAAAAGGACCUUGAAAUAGCAUGUAAGAUUUAAAAACACAUCAUUAAAUCUACCGAAUUGGAUUUAUACUAUGCUACACAACUCAAAAAAUAAAUAAAUAAAUAAAAAAAACACACACACAGACAUAAGAAGCUCAAAGGUCAAAACAGAAACACUACGCCUUUUUCCAAAUGGCGCAAAAGAAACAUCACUAAAAGCUAAAGGAUUAGUUGUCGUAAUAUUUUAUAUGCAUAGAUAUUUGUUGAGCUUGACCGUAACAAAGCCUUGUGUUUUCGAGGGGGGUAUGAAUGUCACAGCUGUUCUUUGACGACCCCUCAUUUGCGGCAAAAUAUCUUAAUUUAGGCCUUACCUUUUCUCUUCUGCAAUAAUGAAUUAAUGUGUACCCUUCAUUGAUAGAGCUACAAUCACAAUGAGGCCAUCAACAGAGCUAAUUUUACUUCCUGACUUGAACAUGAUUAAAAAACAGACUGAGAAUAGGUUAGUGAGACCAGGGUGUUUCAACUCUUUAAAUCAAUUGUACUAUUUUCUAAGAUGUCCUUUCACAUUGUAGUACGAGUAUUCAAAGUUGGCCUUGAGAGCCCAUCCAGGUGCCCUCUGACUAACCUUAAUACUCUUAGUGACCUGUAUGAAAUCUGAUGGACUUUUACCU